GUGUGCUAGUAACGAUGCAGAACGGAGAUAAUACACCUCCCUUUUGGUUAUUCUUGGUAGAUGGAAAACUCACUUUGCUGCGUAAGGCAGGUAACGAGAAGACUAGGUCACUGUGGAGCUUGAUCUACCUCCAUGACCAAGGGGAACGUUCUAGCGAAGAACAGCAUCAUUCGUCCAGUGAUUGUGUCGCGCGCAACGUGUUGCAGUUCGAGUUUCAACUCUCAUCUGUGUUUUCCAUCAAUCAUAGAUGGGCAUUGGAAACAGUUCAGUGGUGAAGUGUGCAAGUAAUCAGUUUCCAGUUCACAGUGAAGGACACGUCGAUAACGCCGUCAUGACGAAUGGUGAGGUGUUUGAGCCACAGGUCACGGAAAUGUUCUCCAGAGCCGUUACCUCUUGUACGGUUCCCGUUAGUGAGGCCUUCAGUGGCUACUGCACUGGUAGUGGCCACAACUGGCAGAGUCAACAGUUGAUGCUCUCAGACGCUUCGAUGCGACAAUCCCGCUCGAGACAUCGGUCAUCGUUUGGGGAUUCCCGCCUGCACAAUUCGUACGUUGAUGGGACCGUCCAAACCACGAAUGCUCGCAUCAGUGACAUCCGACGGGUAGAGGAAAAUCUGCGAAUGGAGAGUUUGAUGCUUGGUCUGAACCAGAAUAUUCCGAUGUCUCGGUGCUCCACUCCGAGUCCAGCGUACUGUUUCCACUGCGAUCACGACCAUCGAGAACGCUGCUGCUUGUACGUUGGAGAUAAGCCGGAAGACGGACCGUACUAUUCUCGAUGGAAGCGUGAUCUAGAAAAUCCAAGCGUACGGCCGCAGUAUAUUGCGAAGAUUCCGGAAGCGGUAUCCGGCAACAGCACUCCCUUCUGGUUUCCGGCAUUUACGUACGCGAAGCCCGAGGACAUCAAGCAGAAGAUGAUGGAAAAACAUCCACCAGUACCACAGGUUUGGAUGCGUCAGUACUACUAUCCCAUCGUGGGUUAUGGGCAUGAGCAUCAACUACUGAAUCAGGCCACCCUCAAUCCACCUACACCAUAUCAACAGUAUAUGCAACAGCAUCAGCAGGAAAUCUACAGAAUAUGUCAGCCACACCAGCAGCAAAUCAGUGGUUACAGUGUGAAUCUUGCCUGUGGUCAUGGUAAUCACAAGUGUGAAGCAGUAGGUGUUACAUCGCCUGGGUCAUUAUGUGGCCAGGCGCAAUAUCAGUUACCUCAACAUAUGCCUAUGGGGAGUGGCGAAUAUGUUCAGCAAGUUGGCCAAACGCCUUACCAUUACUACCCGGCCAAUUACUACUAUACACUGCAGCAAAAACCGCCACAUCAGCAUUACCUGCCGAUGGUUUAUCCAACAGUUACUCAUGGGCCAUCCGGUUAUCUGCAUCAAGGGAACUCGCAUCACUAUGCAUCAUCAGCCAACUACCCGGGCACGGUUUUACCACGACGGGAACCGACACCCCCAAUCGCGGCCUCCUCAACCCCACUCUGGCUCCUGUUCUGUCAGAAGUUGUCUCGCAAGUUUCCGGAUCGUUGUAAAAAGAGCUCACCAAGCAAGACAUCUCGGUCUACAGGUAAGAACUACCAUCCCGCGCGGCACAACCCUACGACAGUAAAUCAUCAAGUGCUUCCAACAUCUACUAUGUCCGACUAUCUGCCGCUAAAGUACUCCAAUAUAGAUCAUCAUCCUCACCAUUUACAGUAUUCGGUUACCAUUCCUCAGCCUCAUUAUCCUUCAUCAGUUGUUGUUCCCGGGCAUCAGCCUACAUUCUAUAGUCAUGUCCCGCAACAAGCUAUGAACGAUAUGGGAAUGUAUUACGUAACACCUGCGCCGAUUUGAGAGAAAUGAUAAAGAAUACCAAAAAGUGUAGGUUAGUGGUCAUAUGUAAGGGCUAUGAAUGAUUGACAAAGAGCUAGACGCUUUUUAAUAGUAUUAAGAAGAAUAUACUUUUAUGAAGGGCAAUAAUAACUUAA